UUAUAUAACAAAUUAUACAAGUUUGUAUUUUAUUCUCAUGACUCAUGUGGCCCAAAACUUUAAUCUUCAUCACCAGGUAGCAGCACGGUGCAAAACUCCGAGGUCGCGUCUUUUUCAGUUGUUUGCUGUUUAGUUCAUUGUUAUAUUUAGUUUAGUUCACUAGCUCUGUAGGUAUAAAAUUAUGUCUCACAAACCUGCUGCCGUGAGACGCUCUUCCAGAAGAAUAAAACGGCCAAGAGAAGAAGAGCAAUCUUUGAUAAAACCUUCGAAACAUUUCCAAUACGAGCCUGGUACCUACGCCAGCGUUAAAGUUAAACCUUGUUUCAUGCGCCUCGAGAAACUACAGCUACCGAAUGGAACUGUAGACCCGAGACGCACUACGCGUAAGCGCAGACCCCCACGGCGCCUGGUCGAAGACUCUGACGAUGGACAUUGGCAAAAAACUUGCACUACCUCUGACGAAACCGGCGUUGAUGACAAUGAUGUGAUCACAGAGCCUGUGAGUGUGAACAGCAUCGGAGUGAAGAAGCGGCAGGCAUCGUCAAGCGCAGUGAACAGGGGAAGUGCGCCUGUGGUACGCGCAAGCAGGCUAUUUGCAAAGCCCUUCACGAGAAACCGCGCGGUGUCUCGCCACAAAGUCAAGUUGACUGACGCCGCCGAGAAAUUCGACAAGUCUCCUGAGCGCACCUCACGUGAAUGUGAUGUCAGCAGUGUAGGCGUGACCGAGCCGGAUGUUCCCGCGACGUCCCACAAGUGCAAAGAAUGUCCGGCCUCCUACUUGCAGAUUAAAGACCUAACAAUUCAUGAGCGCAGCCACCGGCCGGAAGCAGAUAAGCCUUUCAAAUGCGAUGAAUGCAGCAGGGCAUUCUGGGUUCCCUCACGUCUGCGCUACCACCAGAGGGCGCACAAUGGAGAACGACCGUACAAAUGCAAGGUGUGUGGCGCCACCUUCUCACAGGCGAGUACGCUACAUCGCCACGAGGUGAAGCACACAGACGUCUGGCCGUACAAGUGUUCGGAGUGCGUGUCGACGUUUCAGUAUCCGCUCUCCCUGCAGAAGCACAUCCGCACGCACACAGGGUCGCGACCUUACAAGUGCGACAACUGCGGCAUGGCUCUAAAGACCAUAGAGCAACUGCGCAACCACAGUCGGCAACACCAGGGGGCGCUGCCGUUCAAGUGCACGGCGCUUGGCUGCCGCGCGGCAUUCCGUCUCACGCAGUUUCUCACCGUCCACCAGCGGACGCACGUCGUGCAGAAGCCGUACCGCUGCGAGGUGUGCAAGCAGGCGUUCAGCGAGGCACGCCGUCUCAAGGUGCACCGCAGCGUGCACGACAACGCCCGCGUCUACAAGCUGCGCGCCCACGUGAAGUGCGGUGAGCGACCGUACGCGUGCGACGCCUGCGAGGAGUCGUUCACGACGAGCGUCGCCGUCGCGCGGCACAAGAAGACGCGUCACGCGCGCUACCGCUGCGAGCAGUGCGGCAAGACGUACACGCACGCGAAGACGUACGCGCGGCACAUGCGCGAGCACGUCGUCGGUCGGCCGUUCAAGUGCGCGCGCUGCGACAAGAGCUUCCCGAUCGAGUCGUGUCUGCGCAAGCACGAGGUGGUGCACUCGCUCGCGCGGCCGCACCGCUGCGACACGUGCGGCCGCACGUUCACCCGCCUGUACGACCUGCGCACGCACCGGCUGCUGCACUCGGGCGAGAAACCGUUUGGCUGCGACGUGUGCAGCGCCACCUUCAGGCUGCCGGCAUACUUGAAGAAUCACCAGCUGACGCACAGCGGUGAGCGGAAGCACCGCUGCGAUGCGUGCGGGUCGGCGUUUGCCCGGGCCGAGCAUCUGCGCAAACACAUGAAGACGCACGAGACGCGCGCGGGCGAGUACCACAAGUGCGACCUGUGCGGCGCGAAAUUUGGAGUCUACGCGUCGCUGCGCCGGCAUCAACGAAGCCAUCGCAGGAAGUGACCUCCGUGCGACCUCUGGAUUCAGAAUCUACUCGUCACUGCACACCACCACCAGCAGCAGCAAAGUCAUUGCAGGAAGUGACCUCCGUGUGACCUCUGCAUUCAGAAUCUACUCGCCACUGCACACCACCACCAGCAGCAGCAAAGUCAUCGCAGGAAGUGACCUCCGUGCGACCUCUGCAUUCAGAAUCUACUCGUCACUGCACACCACCAACAGCAGCAAAGGCAUUGUAGGAAGUGACCUCCGUGUAUUCUUAUAUUUCAGUAUUUGUGAGGCGAACCGUUCCCAAAUGCUGUUUGACCAGACCAAGCAAUAAUGACCAGGCCUGGUAUUGAUAGUCAAACAAAUAGUUUAUUUUCUAUUAUUGAUAAGCUUUGGUGGUUUAAAUGUAGCAUGUACAACGAAAGCUGUCAAUCUGUUAAAUCAUUGAACUCAUGAUUAAAUGAAUAUUUCUAAAGAAGUAAAUGAAAACACAUAUUACAUCUAGAUGGUUUUCUGCCCUAUACCGAAAUUGCAUAGUAAGAGUAAUAUGUGUAAUCCCUUUACAAUUACUUUCAAAUUUGCCAUUAUUGAUAUAAUUAGACAAUGCUACAUAAAAAUGGUAAUAGCUGCUGUCAACGACAGAAAUUGAUUAAGUAUAUUUUAAAUGUUGUAUAUGAAAUUUAUACAUGAACUAUUAUGCAUUUAUAUUUUUUCCUAAUAUGAAAUCUAUUCAGGAAAUGUAAGAGUUUUAACCACAUGUAACAAAGAGCUUGGCAGAUAAAUUGUAAUUUGACUUUAAUGAUUGUUUAAUGAUUAACUGAUAUUAGAUGUUCAUUGGUAACAGGUUGUUGAAGAUCAUAUAUUAAUAUACAAAUACGUUAGUAGUAAUGAACUGCAAUAUUUAAGUAUAUUUUAAAUGUUGUAUAUGAAAUUUAUACAUGAACUAUUAUGCAUUUAUAUUUUUUCCUAAUAUGAAAUCUAUUCAGGAAAUGUAAGAGUUUUAACCACAUGUAACAAAGAGCAUGGCAGAUAAAUUGUAAUCGGACUUUAAUGAUUAACUGAUAUUAGAUGUUCAUUGGUAACAGGUUGUUGAAGAUCAUAUAUUAAUAUACAAAUACGUUAGUAGUAAAUUGACAGCAUAACUUCGACUAUAUAGGAGUAGAUGUACUUAGAAAUGUAGAUGAACAUUGAAAUCAUGAUCAAUGCCAACAAUAAAUUACUGUUAACGGAAA